GCGAGGCAUCUGGCCUGACAGCCCGUCUGAGCUGCGCUGGUUACACUGUGGCUCGACUUAAAAGUUGAGCUGACAUUUCUUAAGACCUGUGGAGGAGUUUCAGAGCUGACUACUGCUGUAAAACACUUUCUUUCUUUCUUUUUUGGUGGAUGAGGAUUGAAAUUUCUAUACAGAUCCCAUUAUGUAUCUGAUGAGUGGUGUCAUAGUGUUCCUCAGUGUUUUUGGGGCUGUAAAGUUGCUGUCGCUGCCCUCGCUCUGCAGCCUGUCAGCGGGGCUGGGGCUCUGUCUGGUCUGGAGGGGUUCCUGGAAGUUCAUUCAUGUAGCUCUAUGCACCAUAAAAAGAGACCUCAUGUGUCUGGCUGUUAUAUUGCGAGUGAGGUUUUCCAUGUACCGUAAUCUGCGAAAUAAAAGCACUAUCCCUGCCCUGUUUGCGCGGAUGGUGACACAGCACCCCGACAAACCUGCCUUGAUCUAUGAGGCCACAGGGGAGGUUUGGAGUUUCAGGGAAUUGCAGGAGCGAUGCCAUGCUGUGGCACACUGGGCGCUGGCACAAGGCUGGGCUGAGGGUGAUGUUGUGGCCUUGUACAUGGAAAGCCAGCCUUUCAUGGUGGCUCUGUGGUUGGGUCUUGCUAUGGUCGGUGUAGAGGCCGCACUCAUCAACCACAACCUUCGACAGCACUCUCUAGUGCAUUGUGUCAGCGUGUCUGGCGCUCGGGCCGUGGUCUUCGGGACAGAGUUGACUGAAGCGGUGUCGGAGGUGAGCAGCUCCCUGCGGCCCAGCAUGGUUUUGUUCAGCAGUGGUGAGCAGCAGGAUGAGGUGAAGCUUUGCAGCCUCCGCGUUCAAAGCCUGGAGGCUCUGCUGGCCAGGUCACCCAACCACCCGACAGACUACACACUCAGGAAGGAAUUUAACGACAGACUCUUUUACAUCUACACCUCUGGAACAACGGGAAUGCCAAAGGCAGCUGUAGUGGUACACAGUCGGUAUUUCCGCAUCGCUGCCUUUGGUUUCCACUCCUUUGGCCUGCGACAUGAUGACAUCAUUUACGACUGCCUUCCCCUGUAUCAUUCUGCAGGUACCAUCAUGGGUGUAGGCCAGUGUUUGCUCUUUGGUUUGACUGUUGUAGUCAGGAGGAAGUUCUCAGCCAGUCGCUUCUGGGAUGACUGUGUUAAACACAACUGCACUGUAAUCCAGUACAUAGGCGAGAUCUGCCGUUACCUGUUGGCCCAGCCAGUCCGCCCAUCUGAGGCACAUCACCGGGUCCGUGUUGCCCUUGGUAACGGCCUCCGUCCCUCUGUGUGGGAAGAGUUUGUCCAGAGAUUUAGAAUCCGAACGGUUGGGGAAUUUUAUGGCGCCACUGAGUGCAACUGCAGCUUGAUUAACAUAGAUGGAAAGGUGGGGGCGUGUGGCUUUAACAGCCGCAUCCUUCCAGGCUUUUACCCCAUCAGACUGGUCAGGGUGCAGGAGGAGCACGGAGAGCUGCUCAGGGAUUCACAGGGACUCUGUAUACCCUGUCUACCGGGUGAGCCAGGUAUGCUAGUGGGACGCAUCAACCACGCCGAUCCGCUCAGGAGAUUUGAUGGGUACGCUGAUCAGGAUUCCACCAAUCAGAAAAUAGCUCACAAUAUCUUCAAGAUGGGAGACUCUGCUUAUAUCUCAGGUGACGUAUUGGUGAUGGACGAAUAUGGCUACAUGUAUUUCAGGGACCGCAGUGGCGACACGUUUCGAUGGCGAGGGGAGAAUGUUUCCACCACAGAGGUGGAGGGAGUCCUCAGUGGCCUGCUGGGACACACUGAUGUAGCCGUUUAUGGAGUUUCUGUACCAGGUGUGGAGGGAAAGGCUGGUAUGGCAGCAAUAGCUCAUGCAGGAGGCCAGUUUGACCUUGAUGCAUUCUUGAUAGCUGUACAGAAAGCCCUGCCCUCCUACGCACGCCCAGUCUUCCUUCGACUCAUGCCAUCUGUUGACACUACAGGUACUUUCAAAAUUCAGAAGAUGCGACUACAGAGGGAAGGAUUCAAGCCACAAGACUCAAGUGAAUACAUUUAUUUUCUGGACAGCCGUGCUGGGUGUUACGAGGCUGUCACUGAUGAACUGCAUAAUGCCAUCAUGGAAGGAAACGUGUGUCUAUGAGGAGACUCAGCGGGACAUAGAGACUGUUGAACAGGAUGGUGCAGUAUUUUUCACAGAGGAAAGAAUAUACACAGGAUUUAGUAUUGACUACAUCCCUAUAAAUACUGUAAUAACCUACUGUGGAAACUAUUUUUUACCAUUUUUUCUUUUUUUUUUAAAAUUUU